AUGGAGCAAGGGACACCAACUGUUCAGGCCGGCCCCUCCCCCAACUGUUCAGGCCGGCCCCUCCCCCAACUGGUCAGGCCGGCCCCUCCCCCAGCUGUUCAGGUCGGCCCCUCCCCCAACUGUUCAGGUCGGCCCCUCCCCCAACUGUUCAGGCCGGCCCCUCCCCCAACUGUUCAGGCCGACCCCUCCACCAACUGUUCAGGUCGGCCCCUCCCCCAACUGUUCAGGCCGUCCCCUCCCCCAACUGUUCAGGUCGUCAGGUCGGCCCCUCCCCAACUGUUCAGGUCGGCCCCUCCCCAACUGUUCAGGCCGACCCUCCCCAACUGUUCAGGUCGGCCCCCUCCCCCAACUGUUCAGGCCGUCAGGCCGGCCCUCCCCCAACUGUUCAGGUCGUCAGGUCGGCCCCUCCCCAACUGUUCAGGCCGGCCCCUCCCCCAACUGUUCAGGUCGUCAGGUCGGCCCCUCCCCCAACUGUUCAGGUCGGCCCCUCCACCAACUGUUCAGGUUGUCAGGUCGGCCCCUCCCCCAACUGUUCAGGCCGGCCCCUCCCCCAACUGUUCAGGUCGGCCCCUCCACCAACUGUUCAGGUCGGCCCCUCCCCCAACUGUUCAGGUCGGACCCUCCACCAACUGUUCAGGUCGGCCCCUCCACCAACUGUUCAGGUCGGCCCCUCCCCCAACUGUUCAGGCCGUCAGGUCGGCCCCUCCACCAACUGUUCAGGCCGUCAGGUCGGCCCCUCCCCAACUGUUCAGGCCGUCAGGUCGGCCCCUCCCCCAACUGUUCAGGCCGUCAGGUCGGCCCCUCCACCAACUGUUCAGGCCGUCAGGUCGGCCCCUCCACCAACUGUUCAGGUCGGCCCCUCCACCAACUGUUCAGGCCGUCAGGUCGGCCCCUCCCCCAACUGUUCAGGUCGGCCCCUCCACCAACUGUUCAGGUCGGCCCCUCCACCAACUGUUCAGGUCGGCCCCUCCACCAACUGUUCAGGUCGGCCCCUCCACCAACUGUUCAGGUCGGCCCCUCCCCCAACUGUUCAGGUCGGCCCCUCCACCAACUGUUCAGGUCGGCCCCUCCCCCAACUGUUCAGGCCGUCAGGUCGGCCCCUCCCCCAACUGUUCAGGCCGUCAGGUCGGCCCCUCCCCCAACUGUUCAGGUCGGCCCCUCCACCAACUGUUCAGGUCGGCCCCUCCACCAACUGUUCAGGCCGUUAGGUCGGCCCCUCCCCCAACUGUUCAGGCCGUCAGGUCGGCCCCUCCCCCAACUGUUCAGGUCGGCCCCUCCACCAACUGUUCAGGUCGGCCCCUCCACCAACUGUUCAGGUCGGCCCCUCCACCAACUGUUCAGGCCGUCAGGUCGGCCCCUCCCCCAACUGUUCAGGCCGUCAGGUCGGCCCCUCCACCAACUGUUCAGGCCGUCAGGUCGGCCCCUCCCCCAACUGUUCAGGUCGACCCCUCCACCAACUGUUCAGGUCGGCCCCUCCCCCAACUGUUCAGGUCGUCAGGUCGGCCCCUCCCCCAACUGUUCAGGUCGGCCCCUCCACCAACUGUUCAGGUCGUCAGGUCGGCCCCUCCCCCAACUGUUCAGGUCGGCCCCUCCCCCAACUGUUCAGGCCGUCAGGUCGGCCCUUCCCCCAACUGUUCAGGCCGUCAGGUCGGCCCCUCCACCAACUGUUCAGGCCGUCAGGUCGGCCCCUCCACCAACUGUUCAGGUCGUCAGGUCGGCCCCUCCCCCAACUGUUCAGGUCGGCCCCUCCCCAACUGUUCAGGCCGUCAGGUCGGCCCCUCCCCAACUGUUCAGGCCGUCAGGUCCCUCCCCAACUGUUCAGGCCGUCAGGCCGGCCCCUCCCCCAACUGUUCAGGCCGUCAGGUCGGCCCCUCCACCAACUGUUCAGGCCGUCAGGUCGGCCCCUCCCCCAACUGUUCAGGUCGGCCCCUCCACCAACUGUUCAGGCCGUCAGGUCGGCCCCUCCACCAACUGUUCAGGCCGUCAGGUCGGCCCCUCCCCCAACUGUUCAGGUCGGCCCCUCCCCAACUGUUCAGGCCGUCAGGUCGGCCCCUCCACCAACUGUUCAGGCCGUCAGGUCGGCCUCCCCCAACUGUUCAGGUCGGCCCCUCCACCAACUGUUCAGGUCGGCCCCUCCACCAACUGUUCAGGUCGGCCCUCCCCCAACUGUUCAGGCCGUCAGGUCAGCCCCUCCCCAACUGUUCAGGCCGUCAGGUCAGCCCCUCCCCCAACUGUUCAGGCCGUCAGGUCGGCCCCUCCCCCAACUGUUCAGGCCGUCAGGUCGGCCCCUCCCCCAACUGUUCAGGCAGUCAGGUCGGCCCCUCCCCCAACUGUUCAGGCCUGUUCCUCCACCAACUCAUGCUGUUCACCAGAUAA